AUGGCGUCUGAAAACAACAACUUUGUGCAACCUGUUAUUCCACGCUUCGAUGGUCACUAUGAUCAUUGGAGUAUGUUGAUGGAAAAUUUAUUGAAAUCCAAAGAGUAUUGGACUCUUGUGGAAACUGGCAUCACUGCACCAGAAAAUGAAUCGGCUUUGACAGAAGCACAAAGAAGGAAGUUAGAUGAUCAGAGAUCAAAGGAUUUGAAGGCGAAGAAUUAUUUGUUUCAAGCAAUCGAUCGUGCUGUACUGGAGACCAUCCUAAAGAAGGACACUGCUAAAGAUAUAUGGGAUGCAAUGAAGAAGAAGUAUCAAGGCACUGCACGGGUAAAACGUGCACAACUCCAAGCUCUUCGCAAAGAGUUCGAAAUUCUUCACAUGAAGGAAGGCGAGUCUGUCAAUGAUUAUUUUUCAAGAACACUAUCAAUUUCAAACAAGAUGCGCAUUAACAGAGACAAAUUGGAAGAGGUUGCGAUUAUUGAGAAAAUCCUUCGCUCAAUGACAAACAAAUUUGAUUAUGUGGUGUGUUCCAUUGAAGAAUCGAAUGACAUCGAUAGUCUUUCGAUUGAUGAAUUGCAAAGCUCACUAUUAGUUCAUGAGAAAAAAGAUGGUUAUCUAUGUCGUGGAGGAGCAAGCCUUGAAAGUCACUGCUCAUGA